AUGCUCGUGCUAGCUACUCUGUCCCUACUAGUGGCGGUGGCCUCCGCCGGGAUCGUGCCUGUCGGGCCCAUCGUGCCUCCGGCAGCUCCGCUCGUCACGGCCAGGAGCUACCAGGCGAUUCAGCGCAACUACAACACCCUCGCCUACGCCACCCCUACUCUGCUCUCGUACGCCCCGGCUGCGCCCGUGGCUUACGCAUCGGCUCCCCUGGCCGCUCCGCUUGGCUACGCCGGGGCACCGUUGGCCUACACGGCCCCUGCGGCCUACGCUCCCGUACCGCCGGCCGCCCCCAUCGUCUUCAGGAAGUAG